UGACAUAUUAACACAUCCCAGCAACACCAUGAGGAACAGACCCAAGUGCUUUUUGUGGGGUCUCGGAUUCCUUCUCUUCUGCGAUGAAGCAGCCUUCAGCUGUUAUCAUGUGACUUUCUACUCUCUUUCUGUUGAUGAUUCUGAAGAUGUAGAAAGCGGGAGUGGCAGCGACCAUGACUGUGGCCCCAAUGCGGUUUCCUGUAACAUCUCUCACUGCAUAUGUGAAGACGGGUUCAGGUUCAUCUCUGGAAAAGAGCCUUUCCUUGCUACCAGUGAGUCCGGCUGUGAGGAAAUCCCCCUUCACUGCCGAUCAGGUUUCAUGAGAGAAAAUGACUACGUGAAGAUGUGUUUGAAUGGAUCACAGCAGAUUAAUUGGGAUAACAGGAAAACCAGCUUGUUCUGUUCGCUGGUCAAUUCCACCCUCAGCCUCCUGACACCUGCCUGUGAGAAUGUCAGCUUGACCACUUCCCUAGAGGAGACAGCGGCAUCCUUCGAACAUGUCCUUGUGGACAGCUCCCUCUGGAGCAUCGAAAGCAUGGAAGAAGUCGCUUCUGCGGCAACGCUGCUUCUGCAGAGUGUGGGGUCAGCCGCAGUGACAGCUGCCCUGGCCUCUCCGGAGAACCAAACCCAGACUGCAACCACCAAGCUAAUGGCGAUUCAGACGAAGCUCACAGAUGAGAACUGUAGUCUGCGGAGUGAGAUACUUGGGUUCAGUGCUCACGAAGACAGAAUGGAUAUUCACUGCACUGCCGUCACUGAUCCUGACAUGGAAGGUUCUGCUGCUGUCGCUUUUAUCUCCUACAUGGGGCUGGAGUCCCUACUGGGAGGGAGAUUUUUGCAGGAUGAAAAUCCAGGGAGCAAGGCAAGACCAGAACAGGUUCGCGUGAACUCCAGAGUGGUGAGUGCCUCCUCCAGCACCUGGAAGAAGAAGAUUUCCAGUCCCAUCAACCUCACCUUCCAGCACCUUGAGGACAAGACUCUGCUGGAUCGGGCCAUCUGUGUCCACUGGAACUCUGCAGGCCAGGAUGGUGUCUGGUCCCCCCAGGGCUGCCAGCACCUUCACUCCAAUGUCACUCACACUCAGUGCAGCUGUCGCUACCUGGCCAGCUUUGCGGUGCUGAUGGCGCCUGGUGUCGUUCAGGUGGAUUUUGCCCUCUUUGUGAUCAGCCAAACUGGGCUCAUCAUCUCCCUGAUCUGUCUCAUCCUGGCUAUCGUCACCUUCCUCUUCUGCCACCCCAUCCGUAACACCAGCAGCACCUUCCUCCACCUGCAGCUCAGCAUGUGCCUCUUCCUGGCCGAUCUCCUCUUCCUAGUGGGAAUAGACAAGACUUACAACAAGCUUAUGUGUUCCAUCACCGCCGGCUUGCUGCAUUACCUCUUCCUCGCUUGCUUUGCCUGGAUGUUGCUAGAAGCAGUGAGUCUGUACCUCAUUGUCAGGAAUCUGAAGGUGAAAAAUUACUCAGGCACGGGCAGAUGCACACGGAAAUGCAUGUACCCCUUUGGCUAUGGACUCCCCGCAGUGAUUGUGAUCACGUCUGCAGCCAGCGCUCCCAACAGCUAUGGAACUCCUUAUCACUGCUGGCUCAAUCCUGAUAAUGGCUUUAGAUGGAAUUUCCUUGGGCCUGUCUGCGCUGUGGUUGUGAUAAAUUUUGUAUUUUUCUGCCUUACUCUGAAGCUUUUGCGAGAGCAUCUUUCCUCCCUCAAUGCAGAGCUGUCUACUCUGAGGAACACCAGGUCACUGACUUUUAAAGCCCUGGCUCAUCUCUUAGUCCUGGGCCUCACGUGGGGGCUGGGCACCUUCCAGUUCGGGCCGCUGGCCACGGUGAUGGGGUACCUGUUCACCAUCACCAACAGCAUGCUGGGAACCUUCAUCUUUGUGGUGCACUGCCUGCUCAAUAGAAAGGUGAGAGAGGAGUAUUGGAAAUUAUUUACGAGGCUUCGAUGCUCCAAGGAAGAACCUUCGUCUUCCAAUAUUACUCUGUCUGCUUUCCCCUCCAGCAAGGCCCCGGAUCCUCAGCAAAACGCUGUCCCAUCCCACCAGCAGAAAGUGACGUGGGAUUGAUCUCCUUUGCCUGGCCUCUCUUUAUUGGUUUUCAGUGCUGUUCUCCUCCCCUGGUCCCAGACACAGAGGAAAGGGGUUGGCAGAGUCUCAUUAAACGCUUCUGCUGUGUCACUAAAGAAUGUCUCCAUUCUCAAGCCCACGAGCUACAAAGCCUUCAACUGGCGGAUUCUGAGCCACCAGGCAAAACUAUGAUACUUCAGGAGACCAGAGCUACGAAAUCCUGAUCUCCAAGCCCUUCCCCCUGUGUAAAAGCAGUUUCGUUCAGGUUUGGCUUAAGGAAGGCUCAGGUUGGAUCUUUAUCCAACCAAUUCACCCAGUGGCCCAGUGUGUGCCUUGUUUGACCCUUACCCUGAAACCAGGGGUGAAAAUAACUUAAGGGACUUACCGGAAUGCAGGGCCAGGGUCCUGAGCAAGGUGUAUGUGGGGGGCACCUCGGGCGGAAGGGGCGUGGCCUCGGGCAGAAGGGGCGUGGCCUCGGGCAGUAGGGGCGGGGCCUUUAAAUCCCUGGGCCCUUUAAAUCACCGCUGGAGCACUGGGGCUCCCAGCUGCCACUGUCACUACCAGAGGGCUCCAGCGGUGAUUUAAAGGGCCUGGGGUUCCCGGCCGCUGCUACCGCAGCCAGAGCCCUGGGCCCUUUUAAAUCGCUGCCAGAGCCCCGGGACUCCCGGCCGCCGCCGCUACCCCAGGGCUCCAGCAGCAGGGCUCUGGCGGAAAUUUAAAGGGCCAGGGGCUCCAGCCGCUGCUGAGAGCCCAGGGCCCUUGUAAAUUGUCGACCUGGGGAAGCUGCCUCCUGCUGGUACGGUUGGCUGUGCAUCGACUCUCACUGGUACGCCGUACCUGACCGCACCGGCUUACUUUCACCUCUGCCUGAAACUGAUUCUAAACUAGGAUCUACAGUCUGGCCUCAAGGCCCAAAAUUUGGAUCCAGAUCUGGCUUUUUCAACAUCUUGACAUUUGGAAGGGUGUGAGAGAUCCAGGGGUUCAUCUUAGCCCAUCUUUUGUUCUUUGCUUUAUGUAAUCCUGUAUCAUUCUCAUUGCAAUACAGAUUCGUUUGUACUAGUCAUGCAUGAAUCUAGGACCCAGAUACUAUGGUGGUUGGUGAUAGAUACAUAAGGUGGGAUACUGGCUCCAUUGACGUCAAUGGCAAAACCCCCAUUGGCUUGAGUGGGGCGGGAGUUCACCCACAGGUUGUAUUGUCAGUUGGUUUCUUUUUGUAUUAUAGCUGGAGAUGGAGCCAUGAAUAAGGCUGAGGUUGCCCAAGUGUGUCCAUUCCAAGCCCCUGUUUUCAAGUGUUCAUUCAUAACUUUAAACGUUUCCUUUUCUGAAACUUUUACUUUUGGGGCUGAAAUUUUCCAGGCUUGGUAAAUGAUUCUGGAAAGUUUGAGCAAAAAAUAUGGUAUAAUACGCUAUUUAUACUAUUUGAGAAGCAGUUUGUGAUCAUGUGAUUAAAGGUUAUCUUAUACAGGUAAUGUUUAGACAGAAGGUGUCAGAAUUAAGGUUGUGUGUCCAAUCUUAACUUUGCCAUUCCCUGACUUCAGAGUACUUAGCUGAGCAGCGUUAAUGUUCUCUUGGUGUAGUUUUUCUAUAUGGGUCUGAUUAUGAUGAUGAAUAGCAGCUUACUUCAUAGGCCACGGAGCCUGGGAGGGCCAACCGGGCCAUGGUCUGACCACCUUUUGGCAAGGCCAAACCUGAUCGGUGAUGUGACCCUGCAGGCCAAGUUGCAACACCACUCAAAUUUGGAAGGGGGUAGAUGUAGGAGCUCCCCAGUUGGAGGGCGUCAAGCUGCUGGUGGGAGACGCACCUGAGAAGGGAAGAGAAGCGUCAGGGACUAAGGGGCAGGGAACCAAUUCCUCUACACACUUUAAAUAACAAUCUGCAGGCCCUGCCUUAUUUCAGCAGGCAUCUUGCUAAGGAAGUGUGGUCCAGUGGUUAGGGCCCUGAUGUAUGACUUGGGGGAGCUGGGUUCAGGGCACUGUCUCUACACCGAUUUUCUGUGUCACUUAGGGCCAGAUUUUUAAAGGGAAUUAAGCCCCUAACUUAAUUCCUAAGUCACUUUUGAAAAUGAGUUAGGUGUAGCAAUGCUGAAAAGAACAAUGCCUGAAUACCUUUAACAAUCUGGGCUUUAGCCGUUCUGUGCCUCAGUUCCCCGUGUGCAAAAUGUGGAUAAUAGCACGUAAGAUAUGGCCAGAUUCUCAGGUGAUGAAAGGUGGCAUCACUCCCUUGACUUCCAUGGCGCAUUGGUGAUUGACAACUGCUGAGGAUCCAGCCCAUGGACUUCAGUGCAUCUGCUUGGAAAGUAAGGUGCUACUCAGUGUGAGGGUAUCAGCCUCUGGCUG